AUGAGCGGCCGAGUCGGGGACCUGAGCCCCCAGCAACAGGAGGCGCUGGCCAGGUUCCGGGAGAACCUCCAGGACCUGCUGCCCAUACUGCCCAAUGCUGAUAACUACUUCUUCCUGCGCUGGCUGCGAGCUCGAAACUUUGACCUGCAGAAAUCCGAGGACAUGCUCCGGAGGCACAUGGAGUUCCGGAAGCAACAAGACCUGGACAACAUUGUCACGUGGCAGCCCCCUGAGGUCAUCCAGCUGUACGACUCGGGUGGUCUUUGUGGCUAUGACUACGAAGCCUGCCCUGUGUACUUCAACAUCAUUGGGUCUCUCGACCCCAAGGGUCUCCUGCUGUCGGCCUCCAAGCAGGAUAUGAUCCGGAAGCGCAUCAAGGUCUGCGAGCUGCUUUUGCGUGAGUGUGAGCUGCAGACUCAGAAGCUGGGCAGGAAGAUCGAGAUGGCGCUGAUGGUGUUUGACAUGGAGGGGCUGAGCCUGAAACACCUAUGGAAGCCAGCUGUGGAGGUCUACCAGCAGUUUUUUAGCAUCCUGGAAGCAAAUUAUCCUGAGACUUUGAAGAAUUUAAUUGUUAUUCGAGCCCCAAAACUGUUCCCCAUGGCCUUCAACUUGGUCAAGUCAUUCAUGAGUGAGGAGACACACAGGAAGAUUGUGAUUCUGGGAGACAACUAGAAGCAGGAGCUGACAAAAUUUAUCAGCCCUGACCAGCUGCCCAUGGAGUUUGGGGGGACCAUGACUGACCCCGAUGGCAACCCCAAGUGCCUGACCAAGAUCAACUACGGGGGUGAGGUGCCCAAGAGCUACUACCUGUGCAAGCAGGUGAGGCUGCAGGAUGAGCACACGGGAUCCGUGGGCCACGGCUCCUCCCUGCAGGUGGAGAACAAGAUCCUGUUCCCAGGCUGUGUGCUCAGGUGGCAGUUUGCAUCGGAUGGCAGGGACAUCGGCUUUGGGGUCUUCCUGAAGACCAAGAUGGGGGAGCGGCAGAGUGCUAGGGAGAUGACGGAGGUGCUGCCCAGCCAGCGCUACAAUGCCCACAUGGUGCCUGAGGAUGGGAGCCUCACCCGCCUCCAGGCUGGCGUCUAUGUCCUGCGCUUUGACAACACCUACAGCCGGAUGCAUGCCAAGAAGCUCAGCUACACUGUGGAGGUGCUGCUUCCUGACAAGGCCUCCGAGGAGACGCUGCAGAGUCUCAAGGUGAUGAGACCCUCCCCAACACAGUGA